UAAUACAUCAGUAAAAAAAAAGAGAGAAAGAGAAAAUAAGACCCAGUGAUAAAGCCAAAUGUUUUAUAUCAAGCUGGACUUCUUACUAUAAUAUUCUGACAGAUAACUGUGUUGAAAUUAACAUUUAACACACGCAAAACACACACACAAUGCUGUCCCGGCAUUACCGGCUUUUCCAUGCAUUACGGCUUUCAUGCAAGCGGACGUUUAUGUUUAUUUGUGUAGUCUAUAGUGCAAUAGUAUAUUUCUUUCCAAUGGCUCCGUUUAGUCGCGGUUUUCUCCCUUCUUUUAUAAAACUCCUAACCCGAUAUCCGUGCCGCAGUCGUAAAGAGUCGUUGUGCCGUUUCUCGGGUUAUGCGGCACAGAAGCAGCAGCAGCAGCAGCACCAACACCAACGGGGUCCCGGAGCUCCUCUGCCCGCCUCAGUGGACGCGCACGGCGGCGUGACGGUGCACCAUCUGCCCGCCGACGUCACCGAGGCUACUUUCAGCGAGCUGCUGCGGGAGUCCGUGUGUGUGUGGCGCUCCGAAGGUCGUGUGGCCGUCUGGUUGCGUGUUCCUCUCUGUCGGAGUCGUCUAGCCGAGGCGGCAGCGCUGCAGGGUUUUACCUACCACCAUGCGGUUCGGGACGAGGCCGUGCUCAGCCUGUGGAUGGGGGAUGGAGAGAGCCGUCUGCCCAAUUACGCGACACACCAGGUCGGGGUUGCAGGUGCUGUUGUGAACCAGUCUAAUGGAAAAGUCCUUGUGGUUCAAGACAAAAACAGGGCGAAGAAUAUGUGGAAGUUUCCUGGUGGAUUGUCCAAUCCCAGUGAAAAUAUUGGCGACACUGCAGUCCGCGAAGUUUUCGAGGAAACCGGCGUGCGAUCUGAAUUCCGAUCUCUCCUGAGCAUCCGCCAGCAGCACCACCACCCCGGAGCGUUUGGGAAUUCGGACAUGUAUCUGAUCUGCCGUCUCGCUCCGGUGACGUACGACAUCAACUUCUGCAAGCACGAGUGUUUACGCUGCGAGUGGAUGGAUUUGGCCAGACUGGCUAAAGCUAGCGACACCGCACCUAUAACGAGCCGCAUCGCCAAACUGCUGCUGUACGGACUCGAGACCGGAUUCCACAACAUCGAUCUAAGCAUGGAGGAACUGCCUGCCGUUUACACCGGAUUAGUCUACCAGAUUCAUCACAGGACAAUUCCUGAGCGGUAUAAAUAAAUCUCACAGUGUGCUGAAGAUACAAAUAAACACGAGGCCUUUUUUAAUAGGAGAAUAAAACAUAUAUAUUAAUAAAAUUUAAAACAAUACAUUUGUUCUAAUUAAAAAGAAAAUUAAGAUGGGAAAAGAAUUAAAUUGAAUUUCAAAUUUUAUAUAAAAUAAUACUAGAUUUUUUUACAGAUUAUUAUUAUUAUUAUUAUUAUUAUUAUUCAUUUAUCCAUAGAUAGUCAAAGACAUAUUACAGUUUUAGUAAAAGUUUAGUCAUUUUAUUCAUGUUUCUUAAAUUACAUUAAAUUAUUAAUAUUGUUUUUCCUCUGCAAGUAUUUGUUUAGUUAUGUAUUCAAUAUGUGCAUUUUUUAUUUAUUUUUUUUUUUUUUAAUGAACAAAUUGGUAAACUAAUUAAAUAUUCAGGGCACAGCACUUUUUUUUAAAUGCUCAAUUUUGAUUGGUCAGGUGUUGAUUGAAAUUUUUAUUUUUAUUUGUUUAUUUUAUUUUAUUUAUUUAUAUUUUUGGGGGGAAUUUCCAAAGGGAUUCAUUUAAAGGCAGGAGACACUACAUACAUAUACAAUAAAUAUAAGAUUAUUAAUAAACUAUUUAAAAUGUGUUUGUGUAAUUUAUUAUUUAUGGAAUAGUUUAAGUUGAAUAACCUCGGCGCAGUUUGGAAUAAAGGAAUUGUUUUGCCGUGUUCAACAACAUUUGAACGUAAAUAUAAAAAAUAUUCGAUUAUGUCAUGAUUUAAGUUGAAAAAAUGAAUUGAAUUGGAGAAUUAAAUUAAAAUUGGAGUUGUUGGCACUUUACUUUGAUUAUAAAUAAGAAAAAAAAAUCUUUUGUUCUUUUGACCUAGCUAAUAAAUACGAUCAUUUUAUUGUCUUAUAAAAUACUGUUACAUAUGUAUUUCAUAAUAUUAUGUUUAAUGAAAUGUUGAUAUCACUGCAGUUUCUGCUGAAAAAUUUGGUUAUAUUUAUGGCAUUUGGCAGAUGCCCAUAUCCAGAGCGACUUACAUUUUAAAAUGAGCAAUUAAGCAUUAAGGGCCGUGCUCAGGGGCCCCAGCAGUGGUGAUUGGUGGACCUGGGAAUCGAACUCAGAACCUUCUGAUUAUGAUUCCAAUGCCUUAACCAAUAUGCUAUGGUUGUUUUAUAAAACAUUGAAUUUUGGAAAUUAAAGAUAUUAAAUGCUUUCAAAUUAGACCUCCUGGUGGAUCAGCGGCAGGAUCCCGCGCUCUCAUUGCCGCGACCCGGGUCCGAUUCCUGGGCAAGGCGCCACCCCAGCCACUGAACAGUUAACUCUCCAGUCCCAAGCCCGGACAAAAAUAUGGGAGGGUUGCGACAGGAAGGGCAUCCGGUGUAAAACCUGUGCCAAAUCAUGUGGAUCGAAUGAUCCGCUACAAACAGCGGACCCUGCCAUCGCACGGGACAAAUGCUAGGAUAAAAAUUAAAAAAAACAAAAAAACAAUGCUUUCAAAUUAAAAACAAAAACAAAAAAAACUUGAAAGCUCUGGAAAAAUGCCAUAUGAAAUUCUUCUAAGCAGGAAGAAUCAGUGCUUGCCUGAAAUACCUGGACUUACAUACAGUAUUUAACGUAAAUAUUCUCUCAUGUCCGAGAAAGUUAAUACAUCGCGAUAAGUGUUAAGAGUUUAAUUCCAUACAAACAUUAGUGUUGUUUUGUUCUUUCUCACAUAAAAUCUUUCUCAUUUACAGCACAAUUUGAUCUAUACACACUAAAAGCUAGAAGAUAUAGAUAUAUAGAUAUGUAGAAGCAGCAUCUUUUAAACUCACAUUAUUUAGUCAGGACAUUCGUUCAAAAUGUACAGGAGCUGCAGUCCUAAACAUCAAGAGGCUUUUAAAAAUGAAAAGAACUUAGAAAAUGUAUUUCAAUUAUUUAUUUUUUUUUUUUUUGCCAAUUUCACAAAUUUGGGAAUUUUUUUUCUCGGUGUUUUUAUUUAUUUGAUGAUUUAUUUUUAUAUUAAAUUUUGCCAUUUUUUGGCUAUUUUUCAUUCUUAAUUUAAGCUUGUAACUUUAAAAGUUUAAUCUUAAAUAGCUAUUACGUAAUUGAUUUUAACUUUCGGAAUUGUUUCAACAUAAUUUUUAAAAAGUUUUUACCUACCCUUUAGUAGGUGCAAAGUAGGUAGAAAAAUAAAAAAAAUAAAAAUUUGAUUGUAAUUUCAACAAAUACGCCUGAAGUUCUGAAUUUCAUUCAUGCUUCUGUUUCAUUGAGGAGAAAAAUUAUUCUGAAGGUUGAAACUUAUGUUGAAAUAAUUACAAUUUUCUUCGGAACAAAGUAUUUCCGCAUUUCUUUACACAAAUAUAAACUGUUCAAUUACGAGAUUCAGCACUGGGGAUUAGUCAUAAUAUAUGUGUAUAUAUUAGUCAAAAUAUAUGUUGUAUUGCCACUAUUUUUGUUUUUACUGGCCUAAAUUGAUAAAUAAUUUUUUUUUUAAACGAAAAAAAUAAAAAUAAAACAAAUUAAGUAAUUUCUCCCUUUUUUUCUAGGUUAAAUUUAAAAUGUUCAGAUUAACAAAAGCAUUUUAAAUUACAUUUUUUCCCCUUUUGUUUAAA